AUGGCAACUGUGUUCGUACCGCCAUCGCCACAAACCUCCCUGACUAUGGCGACUCGUCGCCCACUCGCAAAUGUGCCGAAUGCAACCAAUUCUCCACACAGGGCAGGCCUUUUGCCUGCAAAACGAUCUCGAUCAACUCAUAUGGAAAUGCCAUACGGACAACCGCCACCAAAGAAACAAGUGAUGGACGGAAUGGACUACGAAACGGGGAGGUCUGUCAUUUCGACGACUCAGAACACGGACUCGAAACUAUUUGCCCGACGCUCGAACAACGCGACCCCGAGCGCCUUUGAGAAGAAACUCGUUGCUGCCAGAGAGAAGGAACGCCAGCCGGCAGCUAAACCAGUCAAAGUCGAAAAUAUGGAUUCAAUUCGGCAAUGGCAGCGCCACUACCGAAAGGCGUUUCCUUCGUUUGUUUUUUACUUCGAUAGUAUGCCGGAAGAGAUGCGACGCAAAUGUUCUCGCCAAGUCAUUGCACUCGGAGCUCGCGAGGAGAAGUUCUUCUCACGUCUGGUGACUCACGUUGUUACUUCACGUACUAUCCCUCCCGAAUCGGCGGCCGUUGAAACGACCAGUGGCGACAGCAGCGUCCAAACCGUCAAUCCUUCUCUCUUGGAGAGGAACGGAGAGCCGCACAUUCACACACUCAAAAACGAAACUCGGCGUGACCAAGGAACCAAGGAUAUUCUUCAACGAGCUCGACAAAUGGGCAUGAAGAUCUGGGCAUUGGAAAAGCUUCAGCGUAUGAUCGCUACAAUCAACGACAGUGAUAUUUGCAACGGCCAAUACGACAACAUCCUACGCACCAAAGGCGCCAGCGCUGCGCAUGGGAAAGGUGAAAAUGAUCUUUCCCGGGUGCUUCGCCAGGAACUAUUGAACGGACCAUCUGAUCGAGAUCCAUUGGCAUCUAUGGAGAUGUUGAUGUUCAAGGGACCAUUCAUUUACAUCCACGACAUGAAUGAAAAGACCAAGCCGGUUUUGGUCCGCGAAUACUCCCGCGUUGCUCGACGACAGGACGGGGCCUGGCCUCAAUUCAGGAGUGCACCUUUGGGCAAAUGUCCUUUCAUUGACGAGCCCCCAAGCAGAAAGGAGUACGAUCGUCAUCGACUCCGUCAGCUUCAAAAGGAGAAGAAGGCGGCUGCUGUGAAGGCCGAAGCUCAGCCGAAAGCUCCUGCUUCCGCUCCCAAGACUGCUCAAGAGGAACAGGCAACGGAGCUGGCCAAGCCGACUGCCCAGCAUGAGGAGCGUGUUUCGCCACCCAUUCAGCAAGACACCCCAAAGCCACCCGUCGAUGAUAACCUCGAGCGGAAGAGCUCAGAAAGUUUCAUCCCUCCCCACUUCCCUCGCACCGGUCCUUUCUAUACCGGUCAUGAGCCAGCGGCUUCCGGUGUUCAACCGUCUAAUAUGACAUCCGCUAUCCGGUCCCAGAUGAUCUCAUCAACUGCUGCAGCACCAGGAGCAAAAGCUGGCUUAAGCAAAGAGGUACACGGUCUCAAGAGAAAGGUGCUCGAGAAGGGCACUGGGGCUUUUACAGCUGGGUCGAUGGCCGCGCCUCAACGAUCAGCUGCAGUUCCCAUGAAGGAUAACCUCAACCCCCCGGGCAAAUCGAGUGUUUCCCACAAUGAAAACCAAGGCCACCAAGAUCACGCCGGCUCCAAACGGACCAGAGAUGAGAAGGAUGCACAGCAGAAGAAGCCCGAAAGGCGAAGGGACCCCAAGCCUGGUUAUUGUGAGAACUGCAGAGACAAGUUCGAUGACUUUGAAGAGCACACUCUGACUCGAAAACAUCGCCGCUUUGCCGCGAACUCAACGAACUGGGCUGAACUUGACGCCCUUCUAUCUGAAAUCCAACGUCCCCUUAAGGAUGAAUACGAAUAUCACGAAUAG